AUGGAUGAUGGCGAUGGUCAGAGGAUCAUGAAGGGGCACGAAGGACAGAGGGAGACGGGGCUUGGGACAGGCAGCAAUGUGAUGUUUUAUUUCUCCAAGAGUAGAUACAGGAGAUCAGGCGUGCGGCUACACAAACACUGUGAGACCUGUUACAGCCGACGCUGCAGGGCCCCAGUAGAGGUCUCAGUGUCCUGCCUGGUCGUUACCUGCCGCUUCCUCUGCGGUGCCACCUUUCACAUGUGCAAGGAAGAGGAGCAUGCGCUGCUGUGCCCCAACCAGAAAGUGCCCUGCCUCAACGCCAGCUACGGCUGCCCUUUCACCAUGAGCCGGUCCAAGCUGGCCAAACACCUGCAGGUGUGCCCUGCCAGUGUGGUGUGCUGCUCUAUGGAUUGGAACCGUUGGCCCGUGGAGGAUCCGAACUCAGUCCUAUACGUUAACGUGUUGAAGGAGAUGAGCAGCGGAAGCCCACUGGACGUGUCCGUCGCUCUUAGAGACCAGAAGCUUCUAUUUUCCAGGCUAAAAAUGAGAUCCUUUUUCCCAGAACUGAUGGAAGAACCAGAGGAGCCGGAGACAGAGGCAGAAGAAGAGGGAGCGGUCGGAGGGGAGGAUCCAUUUAAUGGGGUACAAGCAAAUGGAGCUACCGCCGAACACCUUUUGAGCAAAAGUCCUCAUAAUUCUUCAACGAAUGGAGUAGAUGAAGCUCUGAGUGCCACUGUAGACAAACACAAGUUUGACCUGUAUGAGAAGAUGUUCAGCAUGGAACGAGGAGGCUGCAACCAGUCUGAGAGCCAGAGACCUAAAGAGGGGGUCACAAAAGGAAAAGUAACGUCUUCACAGAGUCACACAGUUCCGGGAACCCCAGAGAAACAGGGAACCUCUAAGGAACCGCAGAGAACCCAGGAGAAUAAAAACACCCCCCAGCCAGACAUCUCCAAAACAGGACUAGCUCCAUGGCAGGAUGGUGUCUUGGAAAGACUCGGCCAGCAGUUCAACCCGAGAGAAUAUAACAUGUACCUAGUGCAUCACGGACGUAUGCUCAUCUCCUUUGGACAGAUAGAAGCUUGCACACCAAGAGAGAAAGAUUUUGUUUACGGGAGUCUGGAGCCUAUACCAGUUCAAACUCUGAAGUCAUACAAACCUCCCGUCAGUUUUCGGCAAAGACGGAUCUAUUUCAAGGAUCCCUCCACUGCGGUAAAGACUGAGCAUAAGUGCGUUGGCACAUCUGAUGCAAAAUUCUCUGACGCAGAAGAAGCUCAGUUCAUGGAUGAGAUGUAUGCCACGUUGCUUUGCUCUGCAGAGGCGGAGGUACGAGGUCACAAAAUCAGUGAGACGUCCACAACAGACGCACUCUUUGUGGACACAGGAACCCAGACCUACAUCUUUGCCGCAGCUCCAUUCAAAUACAACGCCACGCUGGCCGACAUCACAGAGGACAAGUCUUUGAAGCUUUACGUCCAAAUGGACAAAGAGAGCGUCACAAGCAGACACACCAAAGCUAACUCGGCGUUUAACUUUUCGUGUGGACACUUCUUCAGACGGGACGAGUACGCCUUUCACUUCAAGAACGUGCACUCAGACAUCCAGUCUGGUCUUAGCGGUUGGUUUGAACAGAGAUGUCCUCUGGCUUAUCUGGGCUGCUCCUUCACCCUCACUAGAUUCCAGCCCUCAACCCACAAGGCCACUGUCUCCUACAAAAAAGACCUCGGCAUUUUCAUUCUCAAACCGGAAGUGCCUAGAUCUCUCCUGAAAGAUGCUGAAACGAUUACACCGCAGAACAAGCGAGUCCAAUGUGAGGAACAGCUCGCCGAUCUUCCGUUCGAGGUCCUGCGACAGAUCGCUAGCUACUUGGACAGCUUCACUCUUUCCCAGCUUGCUCUGGUGUCCCGGCAGUUCCGGGAGGUUUGUUCCACUCUUCUUCAGGAGAGAGGAAUGGUGGUCUUCAAAUGGAAGAGGAAGUCUUACUCUCAUGGCGGAGCUCGCUGGAAGUCCUCUGUGGUGUGGGAGUACAGUAAUCUCUUUAGUAAAGUGAACAGCUGGUGUUUUGGUGAUUCUCCAUCCAUUUCAGAACAUCUGAGGGUUUGUCCGUUUUAUCAGAGGGAGUGUAAAACAGAACCCGUCUCAAUGACAGGCAUGUGUGAAAAGAAGAGAGAUUCAGAGGAGAGACAAAGUCUGGUCACUUUGUUCACGAGGCCCAGAAAGACAUGA